CGAUGUGAUGAUUCAACUGUCAAACUUGAUUCAAACUUGACUAAAGCAAUGGUGGUCAUUUCACAACUGUGAUUGAAAUAUCAAACACAACAUCGAACUGAAAUUGAAUACUAAGAUUUUUACUGAUUUUUUCUCCAAAGGAACCAGAACAAGCACAAAAAUGUCGUACAAGAAAAUUGGCGAGUUGUAUUUGGCAUUGGCUGAACUGGAAGAUACGUGCGCCGAAGGUAAUGGUGAACUUUUGCGCCGCAGUGAACGUAUACGUGAACUUAAAGUGAAAGCAAUAAAACAGCAAAUUGGUGAUUUGAAACAGCAACUUAAAUCGGAUAUAUCGAAAUUGCCAACCAAUUGUCAGGUGUUUGUCAAAACAUUGACUGGGAGAACUUUGACAAUCCAAUGCUGUAAUGGUCUUGGCAUGGCCAUUGAAGUCAACCACAAUCCAUCCGAUACAGUCGAAAUGCUGAAAAUAAAGAUUUUUUUACAAGAAGGUGCUCCGGUCUCUGAACAACGUUUGCUUUUUGCGGGAAAGCAACUCGAAGAUGGCAGGACAAUGGAUCAGUACGGUAUUAAAGACAAUAGUACUGUGCAUAUGAUUCUUCGCCUCCGUGGAUGUUAAAUUUUCAAUCGGUUCAUCAAU